CAGCAGAUGGCGGGGCGACCAUGCUGAACUUCUGCGCUGCCCCCAACUGCACACGGAAGAGCACGCAGUCCGACCUGGCUUUCUUCAGGUUCCCUCGGGACCCGGCCAGAUGCCAGAAGUGGGUUGAAAAUUGUAGGAGAGCAGACUUAGAAGAUAAAACACCUGAUCAACUAAAUAAGCAUUAUCGAUUAUGUGCCAAACACUUUGAGACCUCUAUGAUCUGUAGAACUAGUCCUUAUCGAACAGUUCUUCGAGAUAAUGCAAUACCAACAAUAUUUGAUCUCACCAGUCAUUUGAACAAUCCACAUAGCAGACACAGAAAACGAAUAAAAGAAUUGAGUGAAGAUGAAAUCAGGACACUGAAACAGAAAAAAAUUGAAGAAACUUGUGAACAAGAACAGGAAACUAACAGCAGUGCUCAGAACCCCAGUACAGAAGCGGGGAGCCAGCAGGAUGGGAAUGUGUUACCUUUAACCCUUGAAGAGAAGGAGAACAAAGAGUACCUCAAGUCAUUAUUUGAGAUUCUGAUCCUCAUGGGAAAGCAGAACAUACCCUUGGAUGGACAUGAGGCCGACGAGAUCCCAGAAGGCCUCUUUGCUCCGGAUAACUUUCAGGCGCUACUGGAGUGUCGAAUCAAUUCUGGAGAAGAGGUCCUGAGGAAGCGCUUUGAGACCACAGCGGUGAACACCUUAUUCUGCUCUAAAGCUCAGCAGAGACAGAUGCUGGAGAUCUGUGAGAGCUGCAUUCGGGAGGAGACGCUCAGGGAAGUGAGAGACUCGCACUUCUUUUCCAUCAUCACAGACGACGUGGUGGACAUAGCAGGAGAAGAGCACCUGCCCGUGCUGGUGAGGUUUGUCGAUGAAGCUCAUAACUUGAGAGAGGAGUUUGUGGGCUUCCUGCCAUAUGAAGCUGAUGCAGAGAUUUUGGCUGUGAAAUUUCACACUACAAUAACUGAGAAAUGGGGAUUGAAUAUGGAGUAUUGUCGUGGUCAGGCUUACAUUGUGUCCAGUGGCUUUUCUUCCAAAAUGAAAGUUGUUGCUUCAAGACUUUUAGAAAAAUACCCCCAGGCUGUCUACACACUCUGCUCUUCCUGUGCCUUAAAUGCGUGGUUGGCGAAGUCUGUCCCUGUGAUAGGGGUAUCCGUGGCUUUAGGAACAAUUGAGGAAGUCUGUUCUUUUUUCCACCGAUCACCACAGCUGCUUUUAGAACUUGACAAUGUAAUUUCUGUUCUUUUUCAGAACAGUGAAGAGCGGGGUAAGGAACUGAAGGAAAUCUGCCAUUCCCAGUGGACAGGCAGGCAUGACGCCUUUGAAGUCUUAGUGGAUCUCUUACAAGCACUUGUGUUAUGUUUAGAUGGUAUAAAUAGCGACACAAAUAUUAGGUGGAAUAACUGUAUAGCUGGACGAGCAUUUGUACUCUGUAGUGUGAUGGAAAAUAUUGAAGUUUAUCAUGAGUUUUGGUUUGAGGAAGCCACAAAUUUAGCAACCAAACUUGACAUUCAAAUGAAACUCCCAGGGAAUUUCCAAAGGGCACAGCAAGGUAACCUGGAAUCUCAGCUAACCUCUGAGAGUUACUAUAAAGACGCCCUCAGUGUUCCUACAGUGGAGCAUAUUAUUCAGGAACUUAAAGAUAUAUUUUCUGAACAGCACCUCAAAGCUCUGAAAUGCCUAUCUCUGGUACCCUCAGUGAUGGGGCAGCUUAAAUUCAACACAUCAGAAGAGCACCAUGCUGACAUGUACAGAAGUGACCUGCCCAAUCCUGACACACUCUCAGCUGAGCUUCACUGUUGGAGAAUCAAGUGGAAACACAGAGGGAAAGAUAUUGAGCUCCCAUCCACCAUUUAUGAAGCCCUCCAUCUUCCUGACAUCAAGUUUUUCCCCAAUGUAUAUGCCUUGCUGAAGGUCCUGUGUAUUCUUCCUGUGAUGAAAGUUGAGAAUGAGCGCUAUGAAAAUGGACGAAAACGUCUCAAGGCAUAUUUGCGGAACACUUUGACAGACCAGAGGUCAAGUAAUUUGGCUUUGCUUAACAUAAAUUUUGAUAUAAAACAUGAUCUGGAUUUAAUGGAGGACACAUACAUCAAACUCUAUACAAAUAACCCAGAGAUUCCUACAAAUAACUCAGAAACCAUUGAAAAUACCUAAAAGAUUUUAAAAAUGGCUGUUGUCUUCUGUUGGCUGUUUGGAAGAAAAGCUGUAAGGUGUGGUAGGCCAGUUAAUCACUGCAUACCUUGCCGAUAGACCUCCAGUUGAAUGCAUCUUUGCCUGUUGGUAUCCACGUAUUUAAAUGGCCCCUGUUUGAACUUUCAUGCUUUCAGUACCUUUCUGUUCUUCCAGAAGUUGGCAUUGGGAGUGCCAAAAUGCCUCCCUGCUAGAGGCACUCUAGAAUUGUUUUAGUUAAAGUCAUUUUAGAUAUAACAUUAUCAUUGUGGAACCAGUUGUCAGCUGUUGGGUUAUCAUGACUUUGAAAAAUGAAUUUUGUGAGAGAUACAUUUUAUAAUGUGUUAUGAUACAGUACACCAUUGACUUUUGACUUGUAGGAGUUAUAGGUGUUUAAAAUUUGUGGUAGCAGCACUUGGAAGGCAGAGGCAUGAGGAUCACAGGUUUUAGGCCAGCCUGGGCUACAUAGUGAGACCCUGUCUCAAAAAGACAAGGGCUGGGGUGUAGCUUAGUGGAGCACUUGCCUAGCAUGUGC